AUGGCGUCCAGCAACAAAGUCUACGUUGUCACCGGCGGGAAUAGAGGUCUCGGUCUCGGCUUGGUCAAAUCGCUCCUAGCACGCCCAGCUACCACUGUCAUUGCUUCUGUCCGCAAUGAGGAGGCUGCCGCCAGUCUCCAGGCGGAAACCCAAGCUGUCAGCGUAGGCGAACAGAGCAGCCUCCACAUCCUCCAGCUCGACUUCUCAUCGGCUGUUGCCCCCGAAAAGGUCGCCGAGACUUUCAAUGCUGCCGCUGGCAUUGACCACAUUGACGUUCUCAUCUGCAACGCCGGAUACGCAGCCCCCAUGGUGCCAGCCGCCUUGAUUUCAGCUCAGGAUCUGCGGGCAUCCUUCGAAACGAACACAAUUGCCCCCUUACUCGUCUUCCAGGGACUGUGGCCCUUGCUCCAGAAGUCUACCGCCACGCCCAAGCUCAUCAACAUUUCUUCUUCAGUCGGCUCCAUUGGCGACCAAGAACCCGUCCCGGGCGGCGCUUAUGGACCCAGCCGUGCGGCGGGAAACUGGAUCACGCGCGCACUUCAUCUUCAGCACCCGGGUUUGAUUGUCGUGGCACUGCAUCCGGGAUGGGUACAGACGCGGGCAGGAGACUUUGUCGCGCAGCAGUGGGGAUACGAAUCUGGCCCUCCGGAGACGAUUGACAAUAGCGUCAAGGGAAUGCUAGAGGUGAUUGACGGGGCUACUCGAGAGGCAACUUCGGGCAAGUUCAUUACCUACCAGGGACAAGAGUUGUCGUGGUAG